AUGGAUAUUGCCCGCUCGUGGAAUUUUUUGGAGCAAAUAUUAACAGACACAUCUCCCAGUCAGGUGCAAUGGACGGUCGUUCAGCCUUGCCAAGAGCUGAAAGAAGCAGUCUUAUUUCUGGGAGCACCUGGGAUGUACGAACUCCUGGAGGAGUGGUUGCAUGAGAUUUUGCUGCAGUACCUCUGCAGACAAGUCAGCCCUGCCUUCUGGAAGCAUUUUGAUGCCAUCAACAGUGGCAGUGAGGACUCCGAGGCCCGUGCUGAGGCUUUUUCUGCAGCUUUUGUUUUUUUAUAUGGUAUGCGCUCUUUUAUUUUCUCUAAAGGUUUUUUUUAA